CAGUUCAAUCCCUACCUUUUUUUUGGGUGCAUCCAAUCCGGGAACCGUCGACGAGCACGAGACGAUGCGGCUCGCUGCGGCGGCGGCGGCCCUCCGCUCCACGGCGGCGGCCCUCCUCACCCGCUCCCGCUCCCGCUCCCGCCCACACCCUCUCCCCUCCUCUCUGCGCCGGUCCUCCCUCCCCUUAGCCCGCCGCCGCCGCCACUCCUACUCUUCCACCUCCACCGCGCUCGACGACCCUCCGGCGACGACUGCGCCUCCCAAUGUUCCACCCUCCCCCGCUCUACCACCGCCUGCAGAACAGGGUGGCGGAAGAAAGGCCGUCCGCCGGCGCAUGCACAAUUCCCCCGAGGGCCUCCUCAUGCACAAGCUCGACAUCUGCUCCCGCGACGCCGACCUCCCCACCGCGCUCGCCCUCUACGACGCGGCGCUCCACCCGGCCACCGCCAUCCCGCUCUCCCUCAACCACUACAACCGCCUCCUCUACCUCUGCUCCACCGCCGCAGCCGCCGAGUCCGCCGACGCCGCCCGCCGCGGCUUCGAGAUCUUCGCCAGGAUGGAGGCCCAGGGCGUGGAGCCCAACGAGGCCACCCUCACCAGCGUCGCACGCCUCGCCGCCGCGCGCCGGGACCCCGCCACGGCGUUCUCCCUCGUCCGCCGCGUGGCCGCCGCCGGCACCCCGCCGCGCCUCCGCACCUACGGCCCCGCCCUCUUCGCCUACUGCGACGCGGGGGAUGCCGACGGGGCCGGCCAGGUCGAGGCCCACAUGGACGCCGCGGGGGUGGUGCCCGAGGAGACCGAGCUUGCCGCGCUGCUCCGCGUCAAUGCCAACAAGGGGAAGGCCGGCGAGGUGUACAGGGUGCUGCACAGGACGCGCUCACUCGUCAGGCAGGUGUGCGAGACGACCGCCGAGGUUGUCGAGGCAUGGUUCCGGUCGGACGCUGCUGCGGCGGCGGGAGUGGAGAAGUGGGACGCCGGAAAGGUCAGGGAAGGGGUGGUGAAGGGCGGUGGCGGCUGGCAUGGCCAGGGCUGGCUUGGUAAGGGACAAUGGGACGUCGGGCGGAGCGAGAUGGACAAGAAUGGUAAAUGCCAGCGUUGCGGGGAGAAGCUUGUGUGCAUAGACAUCGAUCCUUCUGAGGCUGAGACCUUCGCCAAGUUGCUCACCAAACUCGCAUGCAAGCGGGAGGAGGCCAGGAAGAAUUUCCCACGGUUUCAGAAAUGGCUCCGUCGCCAUGGACCAUUCGAUGCUGUUAUCGAUGCUGCUAAUGUUGGCCUUUACAAUAACAAAACAUUCAAUUUUUCUCAGGUGAACUCUGUUGUAAAUGGCAUACAGAGAAUAACUAAAUCAAAGAAAUUGCCACUGAUUGUUUUGCAUAGUAGCCGAGUUAAUGGUGGUCCUGCAAAACUUCCACAAAAUCAGAAGCUCUUAGAGGGUUGGCGAAAUGCUGGAGCAUUAUAUCCUACUCCUCCUGGUUCCAAUGAUGAUUGGUAUUGGCUGUAUGCAGCAGUUAGUUGCCGUUCGCUGCUUGUUACAAAUGAUGAGAUGCGGGACCACCUGUUUCAACUUCUUGGCACUAGUUUUUUCCCCAGAUGGAAAGAAAAGCACCAGGUCCGGCUAACAUACUCAGGGCGUGGUCCUACUUUUCACUUGCCGCCUCCUUAUUCCAUUGUUACUCAGGAAUCUGAAACUGGAAGCUGGCAUGUACCGACGACAACCGGUGAUGACAUUGAGAAUCCACGGCAGUGGGUUUGUGCCACUAGGAAAUCUUCAGUGGUUUGUGCAACUACGAAAACUUCGGAGGAAUCAUCUGCUCGGCCGAAAGCGAGGUUAAGCGAGAUGGGCUGGUAGACUAUGCUAGGCCUCAUUGGGGGUGCGGGAGCAUAUACCACAAUUAGAAUAAACACUGAGGUUCUGGCCUUGGUAAGUCCAGUUAAACUUGCUUACGAUUGAACAUGAUGGAUAGGUAGGCCAAAUAGUUAGCUGCUCUUGAGAGUCAGGAUAUGUAGUAAGUUGAGCUGGCCAAUGUCUGUGAAGUAAUUUUGUCAAGAUAAAUGUUGAAGCCACAUCAAUUUCAGCUCAUAUGGGGUUUUACGCAGUAGCCAUAUGUGAGAAACUUCAUUCAGCAUGGCAUGCAGUGUCAAUCUUUUUACAAUCGACCUAAGUAAUCA